GGCCACUAAUUACUAUUGAACAACCUUUACCAGAGGUUCGUUUCGGCCGUUGAUUCCUUCUUUAACUUUUAAUUCAAUCACGCAAAUACCUUAACAUUAAUCUCGUACACGCCACUCUACUUUAUUCACCUAUUUUGUUUUCUCCCGACGAUAAGCAUACCGAAGCAAUUGAUCGGUCCAAUUAUUCCCGAUAUUGCCCGCAAUGACAGCUCUUCGCUCAACGUCGUCGCGACUGUUCGCGGCGGCUGCAUCGCCGCGCCCAGCAGCACUGCCGUUGAUGUUCGCGCGAUCAAUGGCAUCAGUUGGUAGCGCUACCGUAGAAGCAGACCCAAAAAGCAGCACCGAUUCGCGCCUAAAGACAUUCCAAAUCUACCGAUGGAAUCCUGACACUCCUGAUGAGAAAGCGAGAAUGCAAGAGUACACAUUGGAUCUGAAUAAGACCGGGCCCAUGGUUCUCGAUGCUCUCGUCCGAAUCAAGAACGAGUUAGACCCUACGUUGACGUUCCGUCGAAGUUGUAGAGAGGGUAUCUGUGGUAGCUGCGCUAUGAACAUUAACGGCACAAACACAUUAGCUUGCCUAUGCCGAAUUCCCACAGACACUAGCGCCCAGAUGAAGAUCUAUCCACUACCCCACACCUACGUCGUUAAGGACCUUGUGCCCGACUUGACGCAUUUCUACAAGCAGUACAAGUCAAUCAAGCCUUACCUCCAGCGAGAUACACCUUCACCUGAUAACAAGGAAUACCGACAAAGCAAAGCGGAUCGCAAGAAGCUAGACGGCUUGUACGAAUGCAUCUUGUGCGCAUGCUGUUCGACGUCAUGUCCUUCGUACUGGUGGAACUCCCAAGAGUACCUAGGACCUGCUAUCCUGCUACAAUCCUACCGAUGGCUAGCUGAUUCCCGCGACGAGCGCAAGGCGGAGCGCAAGGCCGCGCUUGACAACUCGAUGAGCUUGUACCGAUGCCACACCAUUCUCAACUGCACGCGAACAUGUCCCAAAGGUCUAAACCCCGGAUUAGCGAUUGCCGAGAUCAAGAAGACAAUGUCCUUCUAGGGGAAGGACUAAUCCUCUUAGGUUAGGGUACACAGUAGUGAGAAAGGCGGACUUCAACGAAUAAGUUGCGAGGGUGCGCAGUGAACAGAAAUUGUGAGGAUGAGCUAUCAGCAUGAGCUGUGAGCUGUGAGUCGGAAGAUGAGUGGGGGGUGGAAGACAAUUGUACAAAGUACGACGAUGGAACAUGUGUAUGCUAUAUGGCUUGUUAGUCCAGCAGAGGUUGCAUUUGGACGUUUUGAGCCGUGUCCUCUUUGUCUGCGAGCAUGGUUGGAGUUGUGAGUCUUGAGAUUCUUUACUAUCCGACUGCGAUAACAAAAUACACAAUUUUACAAAUGA